AUGGUACUCAUCACUCGCCGGUUGCCACAGUGCGUCAAACUUGCACACUGCAAUCUGGUCGAUGCCACUCUCUUGCAGCUGCUCAAGCAGAAACGAAGAGUAUACUUCGGUCAGCACGAUCAGGGGUCGCGGGAGGCGCGAAACUGGCCCCAAGCCAAGCUUUUUGCAGCCCAGGGCCAAAGCGACCCGCUUAAAGACUAA